AUGGCUGAUUCUGACCCUGGGGAAAGGAACUAUGACAACAUGCUGAAAAUGCUGUCAGACCUGAAUAAGGACUUGGAAAAGCUAUUGCAAGAGAUGGAGAAAAUCGCAGUGCAGGCAACCUGGAUGGCCUACGACAUGGUGGUGAUGCGCACCAACCCCUCACUGGCGGAGUCCAUGCGCCGGCUGGAGGACGCCUUCCUCAACUGCAAGGAGGAGAUGGAGAAGAACUGGCAAGAGCUGCUGAGAGAGACCAAGCACAAGCAGUAG